AUGUGGGACGCCAUGAACAACCUUGGAGCAGGAGGCGCUGCUGAGCCGUAUGCUGUCUCGGCGGCAAAUGCCCUGGUGUAUGGUUUAUUUGCUGUUGUUUGUGUCGCAGCUGGCGCUAUCAACAACCGGAUCGGCCUUCGCUAUGGGCUCGUUAUUGGUGCCAUUGGGUAUCCGAUUUAUGGGGGUGGCCUUUACACCAACAAUUACUCGCCAACAACUUGGUUCAUGCUGUUUGGCAGUGCCUUGUGUGGUAUAUCCGCCGGCUUCUUCUGGGCCGCGGAGGCUGCUAUCAUUAUUGGGUACCCUAGUCCCCAGGACCGGGCCUUUUACCUUGCCAUCUGGCAGACGGCAAAGGCUGCUGGCCCGAUCGUUGGAGGAGCGAUCAGUCUGGGACUGAAUGCGCAGAACACAAACAAGGGCACCAUUAGUGCCGGUACCUAUAUCGUGUUCAUCGUGAUCAUGUGUCUUGGACUCCCCCUUGCACUGCUAUUGAGCCCAGCAGAGAAGGUCCAGCGCAAAGACCGCACUUUGGUCGUGGUCCAGAAGCAGGAAACGUGGGCUGCCGAGUUCAAGUCUGCCUUGUCGCUCUUCAAAAGUCGUCGGGUUUUGAUGCUCUUGCCCGCGUUCUUCAUCAGCUACUUCUAUAACGCUUUCGUGAGCACGUGGCUCACCGACUACUUCACGGUUCGAUCCCGGGCCUUUUCGUCGUUCUUCACCAACUUCGCCGGUAUCGCUUCGUCCUUCUUGAUCGCGAGCCUCCUUGACCGGCAAUCCAUUCACAUCAAAACUCGCGCCAAGGUUGGAUUUGCGUCGGUGGUGACCAUCCUCACUGGCACGUGGAUCUGGGCGUGUAUUCUGCAAAAUCAGUUCUACAAUGCGCCCGAACCACCUGUUUUUGAUUGGUUCAAAGGUGGUUUCGGCAAAUCCUAUGCCCUUAUCUUUUUCUGGACCUUCGGAGGCCAAGCUUUCCAGCAGUUUCUCUACUGGCUGGUGGGUCAGUACAGUACCGACAUCUCGUCGUUGUCCUAUCACUGUGGAAUUCUCCGAGGCUUCGAGGCCCUCGGCCAGACCGUUGCGUGGGCGUACGUGAUCCCCUUCCGAGAUCUUGUGAGCGAAUGA